ACCAUAAGAAUUUCCAUCCAUUUCUAGAAUCCAAUGACUUGAAUCUCUCACUUUCCUCGUCCAUUAUGAUUAAGUUCAUUCAAACCCCAUUAGAUUAGUCCAAAGAAAUCAGUCUUUCAUUUUCCCAGGAGAAAACCACUUCAAAUUCCAAAUUUGCCCACCAUCUUCUGAACCAUCCUCAAAAAAGUGCCCUCCACAUUACAGUGAACGGCGGCGUCCAGAAUGUCCAGAAAUGUCAUUUCAGCAUUCCUAAUGCCAACAAACUCUGGCCGGAGUCAACAAAAAAGAACCAAACAAAGAGCAGGCGUUUGCUGAAAACCGGUCGCCGGACCCACCACCGGCCGGACCCCCUUUUAUACUUGAAAAAUGAGCUUUCCUUCCUCCCCAACGGAAACGCCCAUAUAAAGUUCUCAUUUUUGCCGCUUACGCAUACGAGCUCUGUAUAUCUUCUCUGUUCCUCAUUCACACAGUUGGCGCCAUUGCCGAACUCUCUUGCGCUUUUUCCUGCGCCUUUGACCUUUUCCAAUCCCCUUCGAUUUGAGUCAGUCCACAACUGCUAGCCUUCGAGAAUCAGAUAAGUGAUCUUGGGCUCAGUUCAGCUCACUCAUCUAAUUCCACAUUUGGUAGAUUCCCGAUCACGACGGCGCUUGUUGCGACCGCUUCGGAUGGACGCUUCGGUGGAGAACGGUGGCUCCAGAGUUGAGGCAGCUUCGGUUGGAAAAUAUGACAAGGAGGCGAGUGAGAGUAGUGAUCAGAUUCACAAGCCACCGACGACUGAGAAGGCCGAUGUAGAAAUGAAAAAGAAGAAGAAGAAGAAGAAGAAGAGUAGAGUAUUCGUGUAUAACCUGCCGAGAAUCGGAUGUUUGAGAGUGGAGAAGGACGGGGAUGGGAACUUCGAUAUGGAGGUGGUGGAUGACGACGGGACUUCUCCGAAUCCGACCCAUCUUGUUAUAAUGGUGAAUGGCAUCAUCGGCAGUGCCCAGAACUGGAAAUUUGCUGCCAAGCAGUUUUUGAAGAGGUAUCCACGAGAUGUUGUUGUUCACUGCAGUGAACGCAAUUACGCAACUUUAACACUUGAUGGGGUUGACAUAAUGGGGGAUAGAUUAGCAGAUGAGGUUCUCUCAGUUAUCGAACGCCAUCCAUCUCUGAAGAAGAUCUCAUUCAUUGGUCAUUCUUUGGGAGGGCUGAUAGCAAGAUAUGCUGUUGGUAAGCUUUAUGGAGUUGAACCUAAGAAGGAAGUUGGUCAAGACAAUGCAGAGAGGAAGAAUGAAGCUGUUGUAGCACGAGAGAAAUCAUCAGAAGGUGAAUUCAGUGGCAAAAUUGCUGGAUUGGAGCCUAUCAAUUUCAUCACCUCUGCUACUCCACACCUUGGUUCAAGAUGGCAUAAACAGGUCCCCAUGUUUUGCGGCUCUUCCGUUCUGGAAAAGACAGCUGCUCGACUGGCGUGGUUGCUUGGUAGAAGUGGACGACACUUGUUCUUAACUGAUGGUGACAAGGACAAGCCUCCUCUUCUUCUUCAGAUGGUUAGAGACACGGAAGAUCUUCGGUUUAUGUCUGCUUUACACUCCUUCAAGCGUCGUGUUGCAUAUGCAAAUGCACGCUUUGACUCCCUUGUUGGGUGGAGCACAUCAUCCUUACGGCGUCGACAGGAGCUCCCUAAGAGACGGCAUCUUAAGCGGGAUGACAACUACCCGCACAUUGUACGCAUGGAUCCAUCAAAAACUUCAAGCCCUCCAGAAGUUAUUCCAGAUACCAAAGAUAAUGGCCGUGAAGAUAUAGACAUGGAAGAGGAGAUGCUCAGGAGUUUGACGAAAAUGAGUUGGGAAAGAGUAGAUGUCAGCUUCAGUGGAAGUAGACAGAGAAUUUUUGCUCACAAUACCAUUCAGGUUAAAAGCAAAUGGAUGAACUCUGAUGGUGCAGACGUGAUACAGCACAUGGUCGACAACUUUCUCUUAUAGAAGGAGCCCUUUCCUGCCCUAUCCAUCGUUUUAACUUAGUUGCAUAGGAAAGCCAGACCCAAUGGAGAACUGGGCGAUAUAUGCAGACGGUACACUAGGAAAGCACGAACGAGUUAGAAAUGAGAGACAUAGGAAAUUCAUUUAAUCUUUGUUUAUUGUAAAUGAAGGAAACACGAGAGGAAAUAAUAAAGAGCGGGCUGUUUCCUCUUGGCUCCUCCAUAAUCAGACUGUUGGUGACAGACUCUUUUGUCUAUUAAUUAUUCGGUGGCAAAUUUGUCUUGAACAUCUGCAAACUUGGCUCUUCAAAGCAGCAAAUGCUUGCACUUGCAGCAGGACAAAUUCUACCACUAAACUUAAGGAGGGAUCACGGAUGAUCUUAUUAUGUUCAAUCUUGGUGUUCCAGUGCUCUGUACUGUAAAAGUACUAUUGAUCACAUGUGGCCGUCUGCGGGCACAGUGUAUAGAACACAGGUCCAUGAAUGAAUGAAUGAAUGAAUGAUUGCUGCCAUUUCUGCAAAGCGAGCAUUUAUCAUGUACAAAAAUAUGGUCCCUAUUGAUGGGUUGUUGUUGGCGGAUGGAAAGAAACGCACGAAUAACGUUUUGGCUGGUGGUGGGCAAAGCUCUUUCGAGGCCAAUCUUCAUUCUAAACGGCGACCUUAUGAGGAGGUAAAGAAAUUAACACAACUCUCUGUCUCUGUCUCUGUCUCUGAUCUGAUGCAUUCUGGUUUUAUGGGUAGUUGGGAAGUUGAUGACUGUGGAGGGAAUGUGCGCAAAUGGUUAAAAAGCGCCCAUCUUGAUAUGGGGUCUCCUUUCUUGCUUCACCUUUUUUUCAAGAGAAGAAACGGUAUAGCGCGCU